GAUCUGCUGUGUCCCCUUUGCCUCCUGAGUGCUUCUAGAAAUGGCCCCUAAGAAGAAGGAAGAGCCAAAACCUGCUGCACCAGCGGCCCCUAAACCCCCAGAGCCUGAGCGCCCCAAGACUCCGGAGUUUGACCCGGCAUCAGUGACGCUGGAAUUCACCCCUGAACAACUUGAGGACUUCAAAGAUGCUUUCCAGCUGUUUGAUAGAACACCAACCAGCGAGAUGAAAAUCACGUACGCCCAAUGCGGUGACCUAAUCAGGGCUUUGGGCCAGAAUCCUACCAAUGCAGAGAUCAUGCAUGUCCUUGGAAAGCCUAAAGCUGAAGAUAUGCAGACCAAGAUGCUUGACUUUGACCAAUUUCUGCCCAUACACCAACACAUUUGCAAAGCGAAGGACCGUGGAACGUUCGAGGACUUUGUGGAGGGUCUCAGGGUGUUUGACAAGGAAGGAAACGGCACAGUUAUGGGUGCUGAGCUCAGGCACGUUCUGGCAACACUGGGUGAGAAGAUGAGGGAGGAUGAGGUGGAGCAGCUGAUGCAAAACCAAGAGGAUGCCAACGGAUGCAUAAAUUAUGAAGCUUUUGUGAAGCACAUCAUGGCAUCUUAAAAAGGGCAUGUUUGUUUCAGCCUCAUUGUUAUUCUGGUGCUACACAGUACAUAAUUAAAUCGAUUUGAGCGAGUGUUGAGUUUAUUGCUCCUUCACUGGAAAACCAAGAUUGCGAAGUCUGGACCACAGAAGACCUGUGAAUGCCAUCUUGUAUAUUUCUUCAUUUCCACGUGUCUUGAAUUGAUCUAUAAUUCAGUAAUCAAUAUGUCACUCUUGUAUUGAUGCUGUACAGGCAUUGCUCAUUUCCCCUGUUCAUUUUGUUGAUGAUGGUUAAUAAAUAGAUUCAUUUCAAUGGUG